AUGGAAAUGUCAGAAGAUGAUAAUGUGGAAGAUUACCCCAGUGAAAUUCAUGAUUAUCUCGCAGCAUUUGAAAAAUCUCUUGUUUCUGUAGAUGAGAUGCUUCAGACAAUGAUGUCUGUUUCCAGGAUCGAGCUUUUCCGAAAGUUGGAGCCUCUUGAGCAAGCAAAGCUGGAUUUGGUUUCAGCCUAUGCAUUAAAUUCAAUGUUCUGGAUGUACUUGGCUACUCAGGGAAUAAAUCCAAAGGAGCAUCCGGUGAAACGAGAACUGGUAAGAUUAUGAACAUACAUGAACAAGGUCAAAGAAAUAGAAGACAAGAAAAAAGCAUCCAAACUUGAUAAAGGAGCAGCUUCCAGAUUUGUAAGAAACGCACUCUGGGAACCAAACCCUGGAAAUGAACCUACCCCCAAAACUCCUGCUAAAGCGAAAAAGAGAAAGACAAACUAA